UCAUGGGAUCGGCAUGAGUGCUUAAUAAGUGCUAAAACAGACAGGAGCAGUAUAUAUAACGCGCCGCAGAGAUUGGCCCCCCGUCCCGCCGCCUCAAGCUUCCUCUCGUCGCUCCAUCAUCGAAAAACAGGAGGUCCAGCACCUAAAGGCUACUUCCUUCCCGCUCUCUCUCUCUCUCUCUCUCGGGGAAAAAAAAAAAAAAAAAAACCAUGGGCGAACGCGACGAGGCCGAGCCGCCGACGCCGCGCGGGCCGCUCGGCGGAGGGGGCCCCCCGUGGCCCCCGAGAAAAUGGCGGCAGUCCAGCAGGCUUUUCAACCAGGACGUUGGCAUGCCGCCUCUCCUCCCGGAGCCGGCGGAGCCCCGGUGGACGGACGACGUGGACCGGCUCCGGUGGAGCCUGGCCGGCUGCCCCUGGCCGGGCUUCACACCCGCCCCGCUGUUCGUGCCCUACGUCUGCGGGCCGACGCGCGGCCCCGGCCAGCAGGUCGGCAAAGAGCCGUGCAAGUGGAGGGUGAGCCUGGAGGUGGCCCACUUCUUCCCCUCGGAGAUCUCCCUCAGCGUCAGAGACGGGUUCCUGGAGGUCGGAGGGAAACACGAGGAGAGGCCGGACGAGCACGGGUUCAUCGCCAGGUGUUUCACGAGGAAAUACAGGCUGCCGGCUGAGGUCGAUGUGACCCAAUUCGCGGCGGUGCUCUCUGUCGACGGCGUCCUGACUGUGGAGGCUCCGGUCCCCAAAACGUCCGUUCCUUCUCCCACCAUCAUUCCCGUAAAGCUAGAGCUCGAGGUGACUGGAGAAAAGCUGGAGAAAUAUGAAGCCCCUGACACAGAACUGGAAAACUGCAGGACCCCUGAGGCCCAAAGUUUACCCUCUGCAGAGCAGGGAAGAGGGGAAGACUCCCAACAAGAGGUUGGCGGCCAUCGGGCCGACCCUGGCGGCGCCACAGUCGGGCCUCAGCAGCAUGAGGAGGAGGAAGAGGAGGAGGAGAGUCACAAAGAGACAUCCGCAGAGUCCCGCCCUCCAGCGGCGGUCGAUGGCGGCGGCGCGGCGAGCCCCCGAGAUUCUCCGGAGCCAGCCGUGGACGGAGAGGUCCGGGCGGCGGCGGGCGGCCCGGGGGAGGCCGCGGAGGAAACCGCCCGCCCCGAGGGCCCGGAGCCGGGUCAGACCCCCCCGAGCGAGGGCCCGAGCCGCGAGCUGGAGGCCGCCGCCGCCGUAAAACAGGAAGCCACCGAGUAG